AUGUUGAUCACAAGGGCAGACGGCAGUCGAGUCUACGGUUUAGCCCUUCUCUUCCCCGAGCCUAUUUUGCACCGAGGUGUCCAAGCGGCUGUGGUGGCUUUACAGGAUAUGUAUGAAGCUGACCUAACCUCACUGGGAUCUGCUGGUGGGGCAGCUUUUCUCCGACCCGGUGACGAAUUUAAUCCCACGUCAGCCGGUGGCGCCAGAUAUCAACAUGGCAAGGACCAAUUGUUUUCUAUGAAGGCGAUUGGACUGCUUCUACGCCAUCCAUUUAGCCAUGGGCUAUUUGGUUGGCUUGAGGACGUUUGGGCUACCAUUCAUCUGCCCGCCACCAGCUCUCUUCCCCUGCUUUCCUCCCCGGCAAUCUUCCCUGAAGCUCGAUCGUCUGGAGAGAAAGAUGCUGCAUCUUCUUCAUCUCUUCCCUCGACUACUCCGUCUCCAAGUUCAAUAGGUCGUCUUCUCGAGGCCUACAUUUAUAACCUUUUGUUUGAGAUACGUCUUCCGCCUCCAUCCAAAUGCCUGGCCUUUUGGGGUCCCUUCCGAGAGCACUAUUGCUACAAUCCAACUUCGCUUUCUUGUAUGAAGUGUACCAGUCAUCGCUAUGAACUGCGCUAA